UUUCGCGCAAAGAGAGCGUGUGGAAGCGUAUUAUAUAUUCAAGUUUCGAUAUUUUAUCGAUUUAAGAUAUUAAUAUGUGUGUUACGGUAUAUGAGUGAUCAUCUGAGUUUUCUUUACAUUUUGAUUUAUCAGCUAUUCCAUAUCGGUUCGGUACUACUUGUAAUUGAAAUGAAUUUACUAUUAGUAAGACUUGGUCUUUGUAUAAUUUUAUUAAUAACCGGAUCGGAAUCUCAAAAUUUUGAGUGUUCAUAUCUGGCAGAACAAAUAAACUCAUAUUGCGAGUUGAAAGAAGAAACUGCUGUAGUGAAACCCACGACAACACUUAUUCCAAAAGUUGGAAAAGCUGGACCUCCUGGUCCACGCGGACACCGAGGUGCACCGGGAGUGGUAGACUAUGACCGGGUUAAUGACUUGGUGGAACAAAAAUUAAGUGUUGUUGAACAAGGGCUAGCAUCUUUCAAAAGAGAGCUUUUACUAUACGAAAGAAUAAAAAUAGGAAUAUGUUCUGUAGAAUAUCAAAACAAAUGCUAUUGGGUUAUAAAAUCAUCAAUGACUGCAGUUGUUGGCAGAGCUAUUUGUCAAUCUGUCGGUGGACAAGCAGCUGAUAUAGUAGACGCUGACCAUUUUGAAAAACUUAGAAAAUACAUCUCGACAAUUGCUAGCAAUGGAGAUGAUUUUUGGACCGGAAUGAAUUUCAACACUCAGACACGCACAGCAACGCUUUCUGAUGGAUCCGUAGCGACCUAUGUACGAUGGCAUCCAGGUUAUCCGAGCAGGGCUUCCGGGAGAACGGUUAUAGCAUUUAACUCACAAUCUGACGCGUCCAACAACAAUGUUGGUAUGUGGAAUUCUUAUCCGGAUAAAUAUGACCAUAAAAAACAAGGGGUAAUCUGUGAAAUCUGAACUUUAUCAAUAUAGAUGGAAACCUUUCAAGCUAAACCAUUCUUUCAACAGAUCGUUAAAAUAUGAAUAUUACCCAUUUUAAUUUUUUUAAAUCAUGUCAUAUUCUUGAUUUCAUGUGCUUUUCCGAAAACUGGUGUUGUAUAUUCUGCCAAAAUACUUAACUGCUUGAAGACGUCAUCUUUUUACGUAACACCGCUCAGAGGUAAUAAACGAAAUCCGAAAUUUUCAACAUGACGUAUUUUCGUUGUUUUUGUGAUGGUUUUCAUACUGAAUUAGUCGGGUUCUACUCUUGUUAAAAAUCUAUAAAUUAUUAUAAUAAUAUCUUAAAUUGCAGCAUACAUAACUUACUUUUGAAGCAACGUAUUUGACGACUAAAAUAUACUAAGAGUUUCUGGCACACAACACUGCCAUCAUAUAUUCAAGUUAUAUCAUCCAAACGUCUGUUCUUUCUGUACACUUUUUUAGGUGUUGAUUUUGAGGCAAAAAACAGUAAUUGAAUAUUACUUUGUAGUAAAACUUACAUCACUAACUUUUUGUGAUUGUGUGCAGUUUUUGAACUUUAUUCUUUAUUGACAAACAAUUGCAUUUCAACAGCAUCAACAUUUCAUCAACAAUGCUGAAUAUAUGCCUCGUAUCAUAGAAAAUUGAUAUUGUAAAAUACAGAACCUUAUAUACAAUAUAAAUAUUGUUUGGCAGAGAAAACAAAUUCUAUUCAAAGAUACUUCAUUAUGAGCUAAUGUAGGAUAAUUUUAAUAUGCAUAUUUGUAAAAUUUGAUAUUUAAUAUCUAUAUUGACUUUGAUUUGGGAACUAAACAAAACAAUUAAUCACACCCUCAGAAGAAAAAGACAAAAUGCAACUAUGAAAGUAGCUAUGGUUAUUUGUACUUACUCUUACAGGCCAAAAUUCAAUUGUUUUCUUUCAGCUAAUUUUUUGAUUAUUUAAGUAUUACGACAGCAUCUUUUACACAAUGUUUAAUGUAAAGCAUUUCCAUGUGAUUAUUGGUAUAAAUCAAUAAUAAAUUGUAAAGGUACGAAACUCAAAUACAUACAUUGUAAUGAUAUUGUUUACAUUUUAUACAAGUUUACUUAAAGCUAAAUAUCAAGCACUCGAAGGAAGUGAAGAAGUCACACAUAAAUAUUUAAUUAUGCAAUAAAAAAAUUAUUAUGGCAUUUUCAUUAAAAUUCUGAUAGGUUACUGAAGCAGCUAAAAUAAAACUCCAAAGUUGGGAAUUCGCCAAUUCGAGAAAGCAUAAUAGAAGUUGUAAUUCAAGAUUUUCAAUGAUUUUUUUCGGUUUCCUGCGACAACAAAUGUUUGUUUUUAUUAACAGCGUAUGUUCAAAUCUAAACUACCGUGUUUCCCUGCAAAUAAGACCUAGCCUGAGUUUUAAUAAUGAUUUUAAUAUAAGCGCUCGCCCUAAAAUAAGAAAGAUCUAGUCGAUAGCGCAAAGUCGGUUUUCAGAUUUCGUAUAUUUGAAAAUCUCGUCAUUUUCUACUUUGCAAUUUUGUUUUCGAUAAAUAAAAAUAAAAGAAAUCCGCACAAACAAGCUUUAGUGUUAUUAAAAGAAAUUGAAAUGAGACCCGGUCAUAUUUUCGGGGAAACACGGUAUAAAAUGAUUUUAACAAAAUUGACAUAAUCCCGACUGCGUUGAAAUUUAGUGUGUAAUCGUGAAAUUGACUUUUUUGAACAGAA